AUGGCUUCCUCCUCCCAGGCAUUGGCCUCGGUCAAGAUUCGCCUGCCUCAUCCUUAUCUAACUGCUUACAAUGUGGCUCCCUCCAGCAAAGCUGUUUGCGAAACCCAGUCAUUCCAAUUGCGCAAGGCGGACAAUGCGCAGGAAGCGCAGCCAUUCCCUCAGGCCUUGCACAAUGAUCAGCUCUACUUCACGGCGCCCACCCCCGUAAAGUCAGAGAGUGCCCCGCCCACAUCCAACAAUACCGCCUGGGCUCGCGCCCAAAGAAGCCCUUCAUCUAUCGCGCGCUGGGAGAACCAACCCGCACCUACAGUAGGCCAAAUCUGGCUCUACCUCUACACCAUCUUCACAGUACAAGAAGAGAUCGAAACCUUCCGUCUUCAGCUCCAAGGCCCCCACGCAGAUGCCAUGGCGCACGCGCUGCGCCUAUCCAUGGUUGCAAUCGACCACCCGCGCCCCGUCAGCACCUCAACCGCCUUCAAGCCAACCCCCAAUGAAGUCCUCAUUCUUCGCAGCGCCUUCUGGCAAGGUUGCGCCUCCCCACUAGGCUCGCAGCCUAUCUGGGUCCCAUCCUGGAACCCAGCCUCUGCAGUCCCCCAUCUCGACUGGACCAUGACCUCAACGGAAACCAUGCACAGACGCCAUCCGCGUCGUAACCCAAAGCCGACUCCCGGCUCUGUGGUGUACAGUCGCUAUAUCCCCUUCUUGGAUGAGCACUUCUCCCUCGUGGCCUUAGAUUACCGGAACCCGGACCACCUCAACCUCUUCCACACCUGGCAGAACGACCCGCGUGUCGCGCAGGGCUGGAAGGAGACUGGAACGCUGGACGAGCACCGCGAGUAUCUGCGCCGACAGGAUGAAGACCCGCACACGUUGACCGUGCUGGGUCAUUUCAAUGAUACGCCAUUCUCGUACUAUGAGAUCUUCUGGGCGAAGGAGGAUAACGUGGGUGCGCAUUACUCUUCCGGGAACUUCGAUCGCGGCCGCCACACUCUUGUCGGCAAUGAUGCGUUCCGUGGCCCCCAUCGCGUUAUGGCUUGGUGGCCCAGUAUGAUCCACUACUGCUUCCUUGAUGAUCAUCGUACGGAGAAUAUCAUUGGUGAGCCUAUGAGCACUAAUGAUAAGGUGCUCACUUAUGAUUACACUUUUGGUUUGCAUCAGGAUCAGCUUAUUGAUUUGCCUCAUAAGCGUGCUAGCUUGGUUAAGUGUACUCGUGAGCGGUUCUUCCAGCUUUGUCCGUUUAAUCAGACCAGCCCGCACAUUGCGGGUACGGGGUUGGGCUUUAAGCCUCGUCUAUAA